AUGGUGACGGCCAGUCGAAUGACGUCCCACCGGGACAAGGUUCGGCACUGGCGGGAGAGACUCCCCCACGCUAGGGCCGGACUAAGAGUGACUGAGGCCUUCGGGCCCGUCCUAGAGGAAUGGGUUGGGAGGGGGAGCGGGGGCCUCUCCUUCCACACGACGCAGAUGCUCUCCGGGCAUGGUUGCUUCGGAGAGUACCUGAACGAGAAGGCUAGGCGGGAGGCCUCUACCAAAUGCCACUACUGUAAGGAGGAGAGGGACACGGCGCAACAUACGCUUGAAGUGUGCCCCGCGUGGGCAAAUAAGUACCGUGUCCUCACUGACAGGGUAGGGGUGAACCUCUUCCUACUUGUCAUUGUGAGAAAAAUGUUGGACGGGCCCGAGGGCUGGAACCUGGUGACCUCCUUUUGCCUCAGAGGCGGAGAGACAGAGGGAGAACGACCCCCUGGCUUCGCCGAAGAGGAAACGAAGGGGGGAGGGAGACGGAGGAGGGUAUACCUGCAACAACAUCAGUAG